GAUUUAGUUCUACCACUAGGUCAGUGACGAUUAGAUUCGGUUUGUGUUCCCCCUUUUCCUAGGAUCUUUUCAACUCUAAAUUUAUUAACAAGUUGUCAAGUAGUUUGGAAAAAGAAUUAAGAAUGUUUAGAAGUUGACGACACGUCACCUACAAUGCACUUUAACUGACAAACAGGUACAUGUAUAUUCAAGUAACCUAAUAGUGGUAAGUCAUAUUUUCACCCUAUCAUACAUUGAAUUACGUGAGUCUGAAUAGUCCUGAUUUAUUUGAAAGUUUCUCCAUCAAAGUAUGUAUACUUUCUCUAACUCUUCAGACCAAAACAAAGCAAUCGAAGUCAACGUGAUCAUUAUUAUUUUAUUAAUGCACAUGUACAAUAGGAUGUCUAUUUACAACUCUACUUUCUUUUCCACGAAGUUCAGGGGAACUGCAUACUUUACGUAUAGGAGAACCAAUUAUGUUGAAUAGAAUGGUCUGCUAAAAUCCAUUACGCCUCAAAUCAGUGAAAAAUCAACAUAUCAAUUACAUGUACAAAGCAUAGAUUUAUUAUACAUAUUCUCUGAUCAUUGUUUUAUUGUAAAGCGGUGCUCUUGUUGUCUAAAAUGAUAAACGGUUUAGAAAUUGAAGCUACGAACGUCUUAGUACAUUAAUUAGUUCUCAUUGAUUGAAGGAUAUCCAUAAAGAAUGUUUAAUCAUUAUGUUUAGGAUUUUGUAAGUAAAACUAUGCACAACUAGCUAAUAAUAUUGAAAUACUGGUAUCAAUUCAAUACACGUUAUCGCGGCGUUUUUGCAAAAUAACUUUACUACUUAGAAAUGCUUUUCACAAAUAUAGGGAAUUACCCUAUUCAAAGAAAAUAACAUCUAUUACAAAAGUCAAGUUGCAGUUAGUGUGAUGAAAGUGAUUACCAGGAAAUUCAAAUACGACAUGAAAUAAAAGUCACUUCAAUGAACAAAUUUUGUCACUAUUCGAAAUUUGCAUCUACCACUCGGUUGAUAAACCGUUAAAUGUUUCACUGUAAGAGUGCAUUUUUAUCAAUGCUAUCCAUGGAGAAGACCUCCUCUGUGUAUCGUGUAUUGUUACUGAUCGUCUUCAUUGUUUGUCUGGCGCUUCCUGUUCACACACAGAAUCAUGUAAGUUGUUUCUCGUUUAUUCACACCGAUACCAAUAGUCCCAUGACGUUAGAGGAUACUUGUUUUGAAAUCAGCAAUAACACAGCAAAGACUAUGUAUACAGGUAUAUUUUUAUACAUGGGGAAGUCAUCAUGCAUAUACAAAGGCACGCAAUUGGAAGAAAUCAAAAAGUAUAUUGUUCAGGACUCCCACCAGCGGUCAUUGUGUAGAACAAUGAUGACGAUGUCCAUCGAUACAACACAAUGCAAAGAAAUCAUUGAUAAAUUACAGCAUAUCUGCAAACAACCAAAAUCAAUUUAUUUUCAAGAUUGUUUUCCUGUCAACUGCCCAAGUACCAGUGAGAACAAAAUCAAUGAGACUGAAGCGAUAAUUAUGUCCGGAUUUCCCGAGCCAAAGGUGGUCGAUAUUGGACAAGACGUUUACGAAAUUCCUACAUCGUAUUGCAACAUGAAACAAUGUAAAGUAGAGAACUGCUCUACGGGAGAAAUAAAGAGAGGGAUUCCAAAAAAUGAUAACACAGAACCACCCAGACAAAAGAAGUGUAUGUUUUACGUCAUUGGAAGUGCGGCUGGCGGAUUGCUUGUUGGAAUUCUAUCCACAUCCAUUGUAUGCCUCUUCGUGAACAAAUGUAAACGAAACUACAGAAAUGUGGGCGAUGUAUCCUUUUCUACUCAAAAUGUUCUAUUAACUGAGACGGAACGGAAAACAUCGAUUCACUCCAAAGAGAGAGAUCCUGUAUAUCACGACAUCACCAACAUCCGGGGUCACUCAAAAGCUAAAGCUAUUGUACAUAGCGUCAGCAAUGCAUUUUCCGAUGAUCAACCCGAACAGCGUUAUAGUGAAAGUCCAAAAAGUAGUUCAAGUGUGCAAGAGAACGGAAGUAUAUCGCCACAACUAUCACCAAAGAAUGCGGAAAGGGGAUCUAAAGAAUCAGUGAAUGGUGAGAAAGCUCAGGUUUAUCACACCUUGAACAGGGAUUAUAGGGACAAUUCUAGGAAUCUGGACGUUUUCAGUUGUGUAACGACAGUUGCGAACUAUCCAGAAAGCUGCAAGAAGUCAGAAACAGUUCUGGAUACUAAGAGUAAACAACAUUCAACAUACGAAAGUCCUGUCCAAAUGAGUCAUAUCAAAAGAAUUCAAACUGACAAACCUGAAGCAAUUGAUUUGUUUGAUGAUAGAGUGGAAAAAUUGCAAGAAGUAAAAGUCACCUUAGAAGAUUCACCUCAGGUGUACCACACUCUUCAGAAGGAGGAGGGUUGUGAUGCCGAGAAAAUGGUCACAUGCACAGACAGCGAUCAGGACAUUCAUGAUCAGUCAGUUGAUUCAAAUAGUUAUGAUUCUCAAAUGGAAUAGUAUGCAAUUUCAAUAACGUUACGAAACAGAAAAAUCCUCUCACUGAUUCAUUAUGCCCUCUGAGUUGACGGUAAUUCAUUCAUUCAUGAUAAUUGUGUAAUGUAUCACAUGCACCACAUAUGUGAUACAUUACACAAUUUUCAUGUAUUAAUAAAUUUUGGCAGUAAAAAUAUCAGUAAUUUUCAGAACUUAUCAGUAUUCACAACACAAUAAAAGUGAUUAUCAGCAAAAAAUGACACUGUCCGUACAUUUUCCAUCCAAUAGUGUAAAUGGAUACACAGGUAUUCAUGGACACUACCACAUAAGUAAUUGCAGUUUGUAUUUCAUUUUAUUUUUUAUUUGAUUUUGUUUUGUUGAUGCUCAAUCUUUUAUGUACAAUAUUGGUUUGAUAUGUCUUUAUAUUUUGACAAUGCAUUAAACAUUUUAUCCCA